GGAACCUUCAAGGAAAGUUCCCGUCCUCAUCGGCCCAAUAAUCUUUUUCUAAUAUCUUUGCUACCCUUGUGGCUGCCCCUAGCUCCCAUGGAUCACAUAGACUCCAUGCCAUUUAGUGGGCUAUAAGGCAGUUGCGAGCAGUUAAGGGAAUGCCCUCCUCAUGUGUCCUCUCACGUGUCUGGGUCUUCGGAUCUUGUGGUGUGCGGAUGGUGAUCAUGGCCGGGAUGCUUCCAGGUGUAGAAUGCGCUCGAAGGCGGCGGUUGCGUCAGGGAGGAUCCAUGGAUUCGCCAAGCGGUUCCAGGCGGUCGUCUUUUUGUCUAUAUACAACAGGAUACGAAACACAUCUUGGUAGCACCUUCACGCAAAGAAGCGGCUUAAUCAAAGAACUCCAUGAUGGGGCGCUUGGAGAUGCUGCUCGAGAGGCCAAGGAGAGGCUGGAUGAGAAACUCAGGGCCCAAAGAAGCCUAGCCAUCAAACGGCAUCAUAGCAUGGGAAGCAUGAGGCCUGAGAAGAGUAGAGGUGGUGAUGAGGGAGCAGCUCCCAUGAUUCUUGGUAAGGCGCAAAGAGAGGUCUUCUCUUCGAAGAAGAGCACGAGGAAGUUUAGUUGGAGCAAGUUGGGGUGGAAGGCAUCGGAGCAAGCAGAGUGUGCCGUCUGCUUGGAGGAGUUCAAGACUGGCGAUAUUCUAAUUAAUCUGCCAUGCGCCCACCGGUUCCAUUGGAACUGUGCGGUGCCAUGGCUGGAGAACAACUCUCACUGCCCCUGCUGUAGAAUGACAGUCUUUUUGUAGCAAGGAGCGAAGAAAGCAGCAGUUAAAGAGGAUGAAAAGCUUGUGAAUGAACGAACGAAUGAAUGAUCUUACUGUAAACUACUGAAAAGCUGAUCGAAUGUGAAUUCUAAGUUUCAUGGCACCAAUUUGAUUGUGGUUUUUAUUUAUUAAGUGUCCAUCCAGAGGGGAAGUUUAUGCAUAUUAUUAAUGGUUUA